UCCUACCUCUGUUUGGUCUUCGCUCUGCAUCCUCUGCUCGACCCACUCCAGCCAUCCAAUCGUUCGUCCGUGCUCCAUCCAUGGCAGCUUCAGCACUCUUCCUCGCCAACCACCUCCCGUCCACGGCCACGGCCAGGUAUCACCACCGUCACCACCGAUUGCUGCAGCCCAGGAGGCAGCAGCUCCCGCCCGGCUCGCUCGCCUCUCGUGCUAUCCGGCCUCAGCCGCGCCGGCGGCUCUCCGCCGUCAAAGAAACCAAGGAGGAGGAGGCCAAGACGGCCGAGGAGAUCACCGAGAAGUACGGCCUCGAGGUCGGCCUCUGGAAAAUAUUCAGCUGGAAGGAAGAGGAAGGAGGCGAGGAAGGGGGAGAGAAGAAGACCAAGUCGAGGACCGACCAGGCCAAGGAUCUCCUGGCCAAGUACGGCGGCGCGUACCUGGCCACAUCGAUCACGCUCUCCAUCAUCUCCUUCACCGCCUGCUACCUCCUCAUCAACGCCGGCGUCGACGUCCAGCAGCUACUCGCCAAGAUUGGCAUCACCACGGAUGAGACCGGAGGGAAGGUCGGGACAUUCGCACUGGCCUACGCGGCGCACAAGGCGGCCUCGCCGAUAAGGUUCCCGCCGACGGUGGCACUGACGCCGGUCGUCGCCAACUGGAUAGGGAAGAUCACCAAGGGAGGCGACUGAUGCACCGGCAACGUACAGAGCACUUCGAUGUGCACUUGCUCUGGUUUUGGCUAAAUACUACUACAGUAUGAUCUUCGCUACCUGUAAGUCCACUGCCGCUAUUACAGAAAAGAUGGUAUGAUCCCAGUGUAUCAGAGAACAACUAGUAGUACCAGUAAUAGGAAAUACGAUCGAAUUUUAGCUAGUACUGACAAUGAUUGGUUAGUGCAGAAAGAAACCACUGGGGCCUUGUAAAAUGCUUUGUACACUCUUCUGCAUUGUAGUUUGUACAGGUCUAAUAACACAAUAUUUACAAAAUCA